GCAGGAACCCCCACACCCAUUACCCACCAUGCAUGGCAGACAGUUGGUUUGGUCAUCAACUUUUCUGAUCUACCUCAACAGCUGUAAGUCUAAACUUGCAGCCCCUCUCUUGUGCAGCAAGUAGGGAGAAGGGGAAUAGAAAGUAGGGCAGAGCAGUCUGGCCCCUUUCCUUCGAACCACAGGCACAGAUUUGCGACAGGAGAGAGAAGACACUAGACCAGAAACGAGAAGAUUUUGCUGCAGUCAGUGAAGAAAGACAUCCAUUGGACAGACACCAGUGUGUCCAUAUUGCAGAAACUCAUAAUUUUAUAGAUCUUAUCUCUUAAUAUCAGGGGAGGAAUAUUCUCUGAAAAGAAGUCUCGACACCUGGAAACAUGCAUAAGCGCACCAAGAUAAAGAUCGCCAUCUUUGUGCUGAUGGUGGGUAUGGCUUGCAUGUUCACAGCGGUGGUGACGGACCACUGGGCAGUGCUAAGCCCGAAGGUAGAUAAACUCAACGACACCUGUGAGGCGGCCCAUUUCGGCCUAUGGAGGCUGUGCAAGAAGCAGAUUUACAUCAGCUCAGAGAACUACGACGAGAAGCAUGGCUGCGGACCUAUCAGCCUGCCUGGAGAGGAAAACUGCACAUACUUCAGACAUUUCACACCAGGCCAGGAUGCUGAGAUAUUUGAAUAUAAAACACAAAAAGAGUACAACAUCUCAGCUGCAGCCAUCUCCAUCUUCAGUCUGGCCUUCAUGAUCCUGGGCUCUCUGUGUUUGCUUGGAUCAUGUACUGGUAAAGGAAAAGGGAGAGACUACCUCCUCAAACCUGCUGGCAUGUUCUUUGCAUUUGCAGGUCUCUGUGCCUUUAUCUCACUGGAGGUAAUGCGUCAGUCAGUCAAACGAAUGAUAGAGAGCGAGGACACUAUCUGGAUCGAGUACUACUAUGCCUGGUCCUUCGCUUGUGCCUGCGCCGGCUUUGUGCUCCUCUUCCUCACCGGCUUUGCCCUCUUGAUCCUCUCCAUGCCCCAGAUGCCCAGGAACCCAUGGGAGACGUGCAUGGACGCUGAGCCAGAGCAAGUGGAGUGAUAGCCUUGAUGGGAAAAUGACCUCCCUACAUUCACAGGCCCACGUUAUACUGAUGACAGAUUUGAAGGACAACGAGAAAGAUCCCAGUUUUGCACAACUGUCUUCCUCCUGAGAUAUUUGUCUCCUCUUUAUGCUGCAUUAUCAUCCACCACUUGAACUGCUCAAAUCUGGGUCAAAUCUUCGUCAGCGUCUGCUUGUGUUACCCACUUUCCUCGACUCUGUGCAGAUCAUCCUUAAUUGAAAAAUGAAGCCUUUGCCCCUCACUUAAUCAACCCUUACGUGUGCAACAUUUCUUGUAUUUUCCCACAGAGGGCCCUUUUAAAGCUUACAGAAACAUUUCCAAGCUUGGAAUGAAGAAUUAGUGUGGGAGAUCAGAUCCUAGUUCACAUUAAUACCAGGUGGAAACAGGGCCGGGUGCUGCAUUUUCACCCAAUCACUCUCCAGAGCCUCCUUAGACUGGACUCAUGUUGGACACCAGUGCUCAAAUUUAAGAGCCCAUGGGUCUAAGUUUUGGCUUCUUUUAACCAUGCACUUCAUAGUCCAACAAACAUGAAGGUUUGAAGCUGAUUUGCAUUUUGAGUAUAAAGUGCAUACGGCCCUGUCUCCCACACAGGGCCACUUUAUUUGAUUUUCACUGCUGUUUAUGUAUGAUAUCUUGUACAUAUCUAAUGUUUGUCUGUUGAUUUUUGUAAGGCAAUACUAAAGGAGUUUUUAAAAAGUAAAGUAAGGAAAGCAACAUGUAAUAAAAUGCUAAGUUGUACAUUUUCAAGCUUUAUGAAACAAACUUUAAAGGUACAGACUGUCUCAUUUCAGUAAGUACUUCAUGAAUAAAUGACUGGUUUUAAGCAAAGCAGCAAAACAGAGCAGGUUUGUAAGUGUGUUUGUGCGAGUGUGUAUGUUUGUGUGUGACAAGCUGAAUGCUAAACACCCACUCAGUCUGCAGCACUCAUCAUGCUGGAUAAGGUUCAGUUCUAGCAGGUGCACAGACAAGGCCUUUUACUUUUAGUUUACAAAACCAAACUGAGAGACAAAAUUCUCUUUUCUUUUUCACAGGUCUUCAACUGAUAAUUUAUUGAAGUAUCAUCGUGUGUUAAGCCUUUUAAUUGUUCAGAAUAAAACCCUGUGUGCAUGCAUGAUCUGUUAACGCAGCCUUUAAAAUAAAAUAAAAUAAAGCACUCACAGCCAUCAGUUCAGCUGUCAAUGGCUUUUAAUUCUAAUGUAAAAGAUGAUGAAACAUAAUGCUUUGUUUGACAGUCAAAUGAUGACAGCUCAGUACUGUUAUCCGACCCAAUGUUUAGUUAAGCAGUGCUGCACAUUAAGUGGACUAUGUGUUCAUUUCAGCUGUCAGUGAAAGCUGAUUUUGAGCUGCAGUGGACAUAAAAACAGUUUUCACCUUUUCAUUUUUUUUUUUUUUUUUUUAAUGAGCGAAAUCAUUAGUGUUGCAAGCUGCUUUUGCCUAAUUUUGCAGAAGUUUAUAUGAUUUUUUUGAAGGGCUUUGCAUUAUUAAAAAUGUUGACUGUUGCUCACUACUGGUGUCAUGGCAAGCUGUUUUUUCUAGCAAAACUUUCUUUUUGCUAAACCUGCUGAUGUUUGUAAGAGCUGUUACCAGAUAUGAGGGCAAGAGUUUUUCCAGUGCAUUUCUUUUGACUUCAAAUUUUUGUCUGUGACUUUUCUCAUUCUGUAUGUUUGACAAAGAAACAAGGUAUUCAGGAAACUGAAAAAGGUUUGUGGUUUUUGAGUGCAUCUACAUUGUGUUUGUUUUAUGCUUUUACUUUGUAAUGACUAUUAAAUCUUGAUAAGCUUUGUGAAAA